AUGUUUAAUAUUAACUGUCCUUAAUAAAACCAUCAAUCAUAAGUUGAUUUCUUUUGUAUCAAUCCUUUUUGCAAAGAUCCUAGAUUUUUUUGUUUUGAAUAAUGUUUUCAAGUCAAUUCAUUACAUUAGCAUGAUAGAAAAUACAUAAAUAAAAUUGAAUUAUUACCAGGUUAUUUAAUAGAUUUCUCUGAUUAAUUUAAUUCAUUAGAGUAAGAGUUAAAAUAGUUAAUUUAACUCAUUAUGGAGCUUUUCCAUUAACUUCAAAAUUAAAUAUAAAAAAGAUUUUAAUGGAAUCUAAAAAAAUUAAUGGAUUUAGGAGGAAAACAAAUUGAAAUUGUCUUAAAUAAUAUGAUAAAUUUUAAUGAUUAUUAAAGAGGGCUACUUGAAAAUAUAAAUACUUCUUCUGGUCAAUUAAUAAAAAAUUUAAGAUCUUAAAUUUAAGAGUUAGAAGUAGAUGAUGUAUAAUUAUUUUAUAAGCUUGUAGAUGANUAUCAUAAUAAGAAAAAUCUUAUUUAAUAUGUUUUCUAAUAUUAAUCAAAUUUAAGAAUAUUUUAUAAAUAUUAUAAACCUUUUAGAACAUGA